AUUUUCCUCUGUUACCUCCGGCUAUAUAUAUGAUAUACUACCUUCAACUCCUCCUUAGCUUCUUUAAUUCCCUUUCUCUCAGAAAUUAAACAAACGAUCCACCCAGACAUCCCCUUCUUCCGGCGGAGGCCGACCUUUCUCUCAGAAACAAACAAAACCCCGAGGAGUUCGAUCAAGAAAAUCAAACUUUGUCUCGGUGGAUCCAAUACUCUGUUCGUCUUGGUGGUAGGCUUCCCGCCGGAGAAAACCCAGAGUGCGUAGGGCAGAUGACGACGGAAGAUGAGAGAGGGCCGGCCGGGUGCGGAUCAUUUGAAAAGCGCUUCCUGAAACAGGGACUAACAGUUGGUAUCAGAGCCGAUCGAGAACGAUCAGAAGAACUCCUGCAGAAUACUCUGUUUUUGUUAACGUAGUUCUUUCUGUCGAUUUUUUGCUCUGUAAUUUUGUUUCUUGUUCAAAAGUUGUAAAAGUUACACCUUUGGAAUCGCCUUUUCAAAGCGAUCAAAGGGUAUACUUCAGUUUGUGUUUUACACAAUUUUUGAUUUCGAGAUAUCUCGAGCUAGGCAUCUCGACAUCCUACUUCUUCACAGGUUCUGCCACGUUUUUCGAGCUGAAAACUUUACCAGAAGAUCUCGACAUUCAACUCUACAGGAAACUAUCUUCAGAUUUUGAUUAUCUGAUUUUUACAGGUUGAAAGAUUUCGACAUUGAGGAUUUCGACAUCUAGGAUUUCGAAAUCUUGAUUUCGAGAAAAGGUUUCGACAUCUGGUCUCGACAUUUGACUCAUCAGAUUAAGAUUUCGAGAGAUUAACUUCUCGACAUUUCAAAUCUCGAGAUUAGCAACUCGAAAUUUGAAAUCUCGAGAUCCCAAAUCUCGAGAUCCUUAAUCUCGAGCCCAAAUCUCGAUACCGGGCCUCCUUUAUCGAAAUCUGAGAUUUCGAUAUUCAGAUCUCGACAUCUGAUUUUUCGAGAUUCUGCUUCUGAAAAUCUUUUGAUCAAUUUUCUCGAACGGUCAGUUUAGUACAUCAAUGGCUUCAGAAUACAAUGCACAAGGGAACAGCAGUACCCCUCCUAGCCUCAGGAAGGGAGAAUAUCAAAUGUGGAGGAACAGAUUUCUAAAUUUCCUCGAGCACAAAGAGAACUCUUCUGCAAUGCUCGAAUCUUUGCUUGAAGGACCAGCUGAACUCUUGAUUUCAGUUGGUGGAGAUCCAGAGAACAAUCCUCCUAUUUUUUCAGAAAUAAGAAGAAAAGUGCCAUCUGAAUACACAGAAGCCGACAAGCUCAGACUUCGUGGUGAUCUUAUGGCCAAAACGUACCUCCUUCAAGCAAUACUGAACGAAGUUUAUGUUCUCAUAGAUAGCAUGCAGACAGCUAAGGAGAUGUGGGAUGAAAUUGAGAAGCUGCUACAAGGCACAAGCAUCAGCCUCAAAACAAAGAAGACUACGAUUCUCAUCGCUUAUGACUCCUUCAAAGCAGGUCCAGGAGAACCAUUGAAUGAGACUUACAACAGACUUGUUCAACAGGUAAAUGAGCUCAGAAAGAUCAAAGUAUUCAGGUCCAAUCUGGAACUGAAUAUUAGAUUUUUAUCUAGCAUACAUCCUGCAUGGGAAAAGACAGUGAAGGAUGUCAGAUCUCGGAUAGAUUUGGACGAAAUUGACCUUUGCACACUCUAUGAACAUCUGAAGCAAUUCGUCAACGAGGUUGCCUGCGCUGAAGAUCAUCACACCACAAAUCCCUUAGCUCUUGUAAUGGAUGCUCAGCCAAGAAGGACAACCACUUCACUAAAGAAGAAAAAGAAGAAGGUGGUGGUUGAAUCAGAUGAUGAUGAAAGUGAUGAUGACAAAUAUGAUCUAGAGGCUGAGCUAGCAGACUUACAGAAGAAGAUGGCACUGCUGGCCAAAAGAUUUGCUAAGAAGAACACCUCCUCCAACAGACUGAGAACUUCCUCCUCAAACUACAAGCAGAAGAACCAUGAUCAAGGAUCUUCUAGGAAGGCAUCAUCAGCAGAAGAAGCUCCUAAAUGCUAUAAUUGCGGCAAGCCUGGACAUGUGAUCAAAGACUGCCGCCUCCCAAAGAAGAAAGAUGCUAACUUCUACAAGCAGAAGAUGUUGUGGAAUAAGCAGAAAAUGCUAAUGGUGCAGAAAGAAGAAGAAACUUCUGCCAUGAUUGCUAAAAAUGAGAACUGGGCAGAAGAUUCUUCUGAGGAGGAGGAAGAGGAAGACAACUAUGCUCUUAUGGCAAGUGUGGAGGGAGAUGAAAUAAAGGGUGAUGCUGCGAUCCCCGAAAGCAAGUGCUCAACAAGCUCUGGAAUGAAGUGAAUAAGGAAGGAGAAGAGAAGAAUGAGUGGAGGAAAAAGAGGAAGGAAAUCGCAGAUGGCAAAAAGAAAGUUUUUGAGAAAAGUGUCAGCCCUAGAUCUAGUUCAAUAUUUUACUCAAAAGUUAAUUGUAAUUCUGUCUCUACAAAGCAAACUUCUAACAGUUCAGUCUUGAGUCCCAAGCUGAAUAUUUCUGAGACAUCUUCUAGACAAAGUUCUAUUUAUAAUACAAGUGUUGCUUAUGGUUA